UAGACUGCUAGUGGGAGGCCAUCUUUGAUUCCAAUUGAAUUUGACAGAAUGGUGGGCAAACAGUGCUUUGUUAGCAGACGACAUACGUUGACAGCAAUAAUACGGGAUGAAUUUGUAAAAUUACGUGAUGAAUGAACAGAUGUGUUGAAUUGAUUGAAUUUACUUUCAAAAUAUAAUUUUUGAAGUGUAUUUUCUUUUAGGAGUUAUCUUAAUUUUUAAAUAUUUGUUUACUUUAAAAAUCCGACGAAUGUAAUCUCAGCUUUUAAAUAAUAAAAAAAAAAUGAUGUCAAAAGUAAUCAAUACAAUAAUGAUUGAUUUCAGCUUCUUAUACAUAAAUAAGCUUCAUUUAAAUAUUGAUGUGUAUGUUAAAAAUUUUGGAUUUGUAUUACGAAUAUAAUGAGAAGUGCAAGUUUUGGGUGGUCAUAAGGUUAUGUACUCACACCAGUGUUCAACAAAUGUGCUGUGAAUUUUGUUAUACAUAACUAAAAUUUGUGUUUGACAAUAACUGUUAAACAUUUACACCUACCUAGGCAAUAAUAUUCUUUUUGAAGUUGUCAGUCUACUGUUACUGUUUCCUGUAUUACAUUUCUUGUUUUAUUAAUGUAAUUCUAGAGUAGAUAAAAAUUUCAAACUUUGGUGACAGUGUUAUGAAUCGUAUCAACAGUGUUUAUUUAUGUGAAUUUUAUUUUAAGGCAACAAGUAUACAUCAAAAUAGUCCACGCAUAAAUUCUGUUACAAUUACUUCAAAUUGAGUCAUUUUCCUGGCCCCAUUUAGUCCCAUUGGGCAAUAUCUCUUAACAGUCAAAAUUUGGAACUGAGUUUCUUUGCUUACAAUUUAGUAUACUUCAAGAUUCUAACAAGGACUUGUUGGUUGUAAUCAUGAUAUAGUAUGUAGUUACAGACAUCCAGAAACUACACAGGCUACGGAGUAGUAGUAGUUAGAAAAUUAAAUAGCAUGGUAUAAUAGGCCUCUUGGAGAAACUCACCAUGUAAAAUGAGUUAAUGUAUUGUGUACUACACUGCUUCCACUCAGUACAUUUCUCCAGAAGUAUGAUUUUCAAUAGACAAACAAUUAUGGUAUGUACCAUUGAUUUUUCUUACGUCAUGUAGUAGGUACAUUGCACAUCUUUGAUUGACUUUACUAAAUUGCAUCCAGUGGAGUUUUCCUGUGGGGCAGAUCAAGUCUGCAGGAAAGCCUCUGAAUUAAAAAAAAAAUAUAUCAAAUUUUUUUUUUCUGCAUCCUAACAUGUUUUCCAUUCAGCAGAAGCUCCAGGAAGACACUUUGAGAGAGACUAUCAUACAAAGAAACAUGAUGUUAAGGCUUCCUUUAUGGUGGGCCACUGCAAAUGCGCCAAAAGAAACACGCAACGCCAUGGUCACAUAAAACCAAAUACUGAGUGGUGCUGUCAUGCCAGCAUUUUUCGGGGGUCAAGCACACUUCUGGAGCCACGCUUGUUUCCAAUCAUACUAUAAAAGGGUGGUGUUCAAAUAGUUCACCAUUUUAACAAGCCUAUGUAUACACUGCACAUCUAAUAAUUUUAAAAGUAAUUACAGAAAUGUGUAUAUUACAUAAUUAAAAUUUAAAAAUUUUUUUGUGUAGGUAAGGUGAGCAACAUUAUACGUAAAUUACUAUUUCUACAAGAGUUUACGCAAUAACCAAUUAAAGAUAAUAGUUAUUUUUCAAAGUAGGUUUUCCUGGAAAAUAGGCAAAUAAUGAAUGUGAAAGGUUUUAAUAGGCCUAUUGGGGGAAACACCACGUAAAACAAUGAGUAGGCUAAACACAUUGAGCACUGUAGGCUUGAGACAAGGUUCAUAGUUUCUCCAGACACACGAGUUUCGAUAAGUCACCAGCUAAGAUAGUAUGAACCAGUAAUUUUUUCCCUCGUGUAAAUUGAACGUCUUUGAUUUAAGUAUAUCCGGUGGAUUUUUGUACAUAAAGGCAGGAUAGGUUUGAAGGAAAGCUUUUUUUUUGUCCUGAAUAAAAUAUAUAUAUAUUUGUGUAUUAAUCUUUUUACCCAUUCUCUGGGAGGGAAUUGUGAUACCUUAAAUAGUUUACCAUUUCAAAAAGUGGUUAGGUUAGGUACAUUAAAAAUACUCUGAAAUUGUGUGCAUAGUAGGUUCGGUUAUGUCAGCCAUAUUAAGUGAAAAGAUUGAGAGGUUAGGUAAGCAAAGUUAAUCAUACUUUAAUUACCAUUUCAACAAGAUAUUAUGCAUUAUUAAGGUAGCUGAUCCAACCAAUCAUUUACUUAACAAUUAUUUUCUAAAAUCUGCUAAUCUCCAGUAUUACUGGUUAAGCAAUUUAUGUGCAUAGAGCCUUAUUUUUAGGGUUGGCUUUUCAAGGUGGAGAGUCACAAAUGUUUCUUUUUUUACUGCUAUAAAUGCUAAUUUUCUCGAAAAAUGGGUAAGUAUAAAUAUGUUACUUAAAUUUCUAUAUAGAGAAGGGUCUAGGGGAGAGCACCUGAAGACAAUACAGUAAAUUUAGAAAGUAGAGGCUCCUGGGGAAUUGGCAAAUAAUAACAAAACUGAAAGGUUUUAAAGUAAUAAAUAAAUUACAUUUUUAAAAAAAAAAUGUAACCCAGAUUAUACGUAUUAAUGUAGCUGACACAAGUUUUUACUUCAGCUAUUACAUAUGCACUUUAUUUUCUAGAGCCACUACUUUCAAGAUUUAAAAAAAAAAAUUGGACGACACACUGUUAUAAUUGUACAUAAUAUUAUCCUGAGGUACAGCAGUUUGUGAUGACAAUUUUAUUUGUAUUUAAAACAUCAACACACAGUCUAGGUUUGCACUCGUCCAAUGAUUUCCUCUUAAAAUCUAUCCUAGCAAUAGGUUUGUUAUAUCUUGCUACGUAAUUUAGAUUAUCCUGUUUAAAAAAUUGCAUUGAAUCUGAAAUAUUAUAACAGUAAAGACACAACUAAAAUUCGUAAUGAACGAAUACGACUACAAUAACAAACCCACACAAAUCAUUUUAUAGUGGUCAUUAUUCAAUUGCAGUAGAUUAUUUUUAAUUAAUAGUACUUAGUGAUGAGAUAAAUUACAUGUACUGUAUCAAAUUACCUACCCGAAAUACAUAUAUAAUAGGUUCAAUAACUGAUCUACAUAUUGGUCACAAGCGUUGGGUCGAAGAAGGGUUAGCUAUUUUCUAGCGCAUUUAAUGUCGUACUUACACAUCGCACUACAAUAUAAAUGUAUUUAAAAUUAUAUUUCACUCGUUACAUUUUUAAGUAUCACCCGCAAAAACUGUGAAAUUGCGAAAAACCUACAUUUUUAGGGAAUUUACUAGCAACUUGCAUCUUUCUCCCAUAAGAACCAAUGCUUUUACAGCAAUGUUUUGCCCACCAUUCUGUCAAAACAGCUCUCUGUCUCUCUCGCUCGGAUUGUAGUUCCCCAGUAUGCCGUCGACAGCAGCAAUUGGCGCUGAAAGCAGGGUGAUAAGCAGUCUAUAUAUCUCGUCGUUGGUUGUAACGAAGUAUUUACGAAAAUUUAUUGCAGCUGUGUUGGUAUUAUGAUGGCAACUUUACAAUUCAAAUGUUCAGAUAUUUUUUAAUUCAUUUUAUUUCGUAAAUUAAUAACUCCUUCCUUGCGUCAACCGCUCUCUACUUGUGUAAAUACUCUGCGUCCAGUGAAAUUAACCUAAUAUUAAUAGCAGUAUUUUAUUUAAAAGCAUAAUUUUUAGUGAAAUAUCUUACGAUACACAGAUGGAAAACAAAUAACUAAAUCUGGCGUCGUAACCUGCGCACUUGGGCCUGUGUAGUGCUCACGGCCAGCGGAGACACAUGUGGCUGUCGUCACCUCGGUGCGAGCGUCACCGCAAUGCAUGUCAAUUGAUGUCAAACGCAAGCUUGACUUGCACGUCGUCCUCAAGUAGCGUGUCGCUGUGCGUGGUGACUCUUGUCGCAACCCACCAGUAGUGAGCCGUGCUGCCAGCGUAGGGACGUACGCGCCUUGCAGUGUUGCAGACGCCUGCCGCGCGAUGAUCGGCGUGGAGCCGUGGCUGAGAGUCUCCCUCCUGCUGUGCCUGUUCGGGUUCCUCAAGGAGUUCCGGCCCUCCGAGCCGUACGUCACGCACUACCUGGUCGGCCCCUGGAAGAACUUCACCUCUGACCAGGUGAACCAGGACAUAUACCCCGUGGGCACGUACUGCUACCUCAGCCUGCUGGUGGUGGUGUUCCUGGUGACGGACGUGCUGCGCUACAAGCUGGUCAUCGUGCUGCUGGGCGCAGCCGGCGUCGUCACCUUCUGCACGCUGCUGCUGGGCGAGUCCCUGCUCGCCAUGCAGGUGGUGCAGUUCUUCUACGGGCUGUUCAGCGCGGCGGAGGUGGCCUACUACACGUACAUCUACGCGCAGGUGGACCGCAGCCACUACCAGCAGGUGACCAGCCACACGCGCACGGCGUACCUGCUGGGACGCACGGUGUCGGGCGUGGUCUCGCAGGCGGCCGUCUCCUCGGGCGCGCUCGACUACCAGCAGCUCAUCUACCUCACGCUCGCAGGCAUGGUCGCAGCCACUCUCUGGUCCCUGGUGCUGCCCCCCGUGAGGCACAGCUUGUACUUCCACCGCGAGGACGGCGGUCCCGUGCCGGAGUCCCUGGAUAAUUCCGUGCCGGAGCUCCUGGACGGGUCCGCGCUGACCUCAAAGAACUCCCCACGCGGCAGGUGGGCGGGGGCUUGCAGUCUCCUCUGGCGGGACUUUGUGGCUGCGUUCUCCCAGUGGUACGUGCUGAAGUGGUCGCUGUGGUGGGCCCUGGCGAUGUGCGGCUACCUGCAGGGUCUUAACUACGUGCAGCUGUUGUGGGAAGUGAUAUUGAACGAUACAGGCCAGUCAAACAGCAGGCUUCUGAAUGGUGCUGUAGAGGCAGCCUACACCAUAAUUGGGGCGGCGGCCGCGCUGGGCUGCGCCUGGGUGCGGCUGGACUGGCGCAGCGUGGGGGAGCUGGUGCUGGGGGCGUGCUCGCUGGGGAUCGGCUCCACACUGGCCGUGGCGGCCGUGUGCCGCGCCAUGUGGGUGGCCUACCUCUGCCACGUGCUCUUCGGCGUCCUGUUCAACGCCAUGAUCACCAUCGCCAACGCGGAGGUGGCCAAGAACAUCAAGGAGGAUAGCUACGGCCUAAUAUUCGGAGUGAACACGUUCCUGGCGCUGGCGCUGCAGUCGGUGCUCACGGUGGUCGUGGCCGGGAAGGGCGGGCUGGAGCUGCCCCCCCGCACGCAGUUUGUGGUGUACGGCAGUUACUUCGGAGCCCUGGGCGUUGUGUUCCUGUUGAUGUACGUGUGCACGCUUUGCAGCAAGGCGCGCACCGCGGGCGUGGUAUUGUGUGACGAGGAGCCGUGAUGGCCGUCAGCGGCUGGCUCCUCCGAUCUCUCACGCCUCCACUCACGACUGCCCGCACCGUGUCGCCCCAUUUGACAGAACACCUACCUACGUGACAUUGGUCAGCGACAGACAGUCCGUUCGUAAUGUUUCUCGAAGUUAGACCCAUAGAAGCAAACUGAACGGAUAGAUUUCUUUCUUCUUAUAAAAGGGUUUCGUAGAGAGUUGCAUUUAAAUGCAGUUGCAAUACUGAAUGAGAUUGCCUUUGUUUAGAAGUUAGAUAAUGUUGACAUAUUAAUUUUUUUUGUGAUUUAUUGAUUCAGGGGAGAAAUGUUUUCCACUUUUAUUCGUCAUUUGCAUAUACUUCAAACUUACAUAGUAAAAUAAAAUAAAAAAGAGAAACAUUUUUUUUUAUUUUUUAUGUUUCAUUGGUACAUAUGCCAAAUAACUUCAUUAUAAUGUUAAAGGAGAUGAUUUGGAUGAAAAUAACACCUUAAGUGACAUGUAGUGUGGAUGUGUACUUCGUUCCUCUUUGUAUUUUUAUGGUUUUCCUUUCACUUACUGAGAUAUUUAAGAAGUUGGGAACACAAUAAAUGGGUGAACUUUUGAGUUAACUCAAGUAUGAAGAAGCAUUUCACUGUAUUUGUUAUAAGUGUAAAUUUAAACAGUUGGUUGUUAUAAGAGAUUUUAUUUUUUAAGGUGUUAUAUGUUUGUAUUUUAUUUGCACAUAGUAUUUAUAUUAGUGUCCUUAAUACAUAUCCUGUACAAUUUUUAAUUCACAGCAAAGAAUGUUGUGGAUAUUGUACUUAUGAAUGUAUCAAUGUAAUUGAAAUUAUUUAAAGGUGCGUAUACUUAAAAUUUUGUGGGGAAUGCAUGUAUGUGCCUUUGAGAUGAGCUGUGAUAUGUUGUUAUUUGAAUGGAAGUCAACAGCAUAUUUGGUGACAAGAUGUCCUAACUUACUUGUACCUAUAUCUUCCUGGAAAUUAAUACAAAACAGGAAUGAAUUAACACAUUUUUACUUGCGUGUGAAUAAUAUUUUUUUUUUGUAUCAACUUAUUUGUAAUAACAUUCUUAUACAGUUACCUAAAGCAUUUGUUCACUUGUAAACACUUGUCAUAUUUUUAUGCACCUGUGUUGAUGAUAUGCAUUUUUUGUGUAUUUUUGCAUUUAUGGUACUUAAUUGAUUGCAUGUUCCUAAACAUUAAACUUAAUUUUCUAUUUUUAAAUUUAACGGAGCCAAAAUAUGCUGUGCCAUAAAGCAUUCAAGCAAAUACAUACUUCUGCGUGUGAUGUAUGUAGAAAUGUUCCCACUUAAGGAAAAAAAAGUUAGAAGGUAACAUUAUAUAAAUUGAUUUUAGGUGGGAAGAAAAGAGGGUAAACAUUUAUUUGUUUAAUUAAAAUUAAGUUUCGAAAAUUAUAGUUGUGUCCAGAUUUACAGAAAAUAUUUUGUGAAAGUAAGUUGUAGAACAGAAAGAUAGCAAUUAGGGGAUUGUGUGGUUCUGUCUGAUGUGAUGCUUAGUAUACCUUUUACGGAUACAUAACUACAUAUCAUUAGAAACAAGAUCGUAUGGUGAAUUGCGAUUAAACUGAAUUAACAACGUCAAUAAACCAUAUAACACCGAAUGCACUUAAAAGCAUAAAAUUAGUCAGCAUUUUAAAAUCAAAACAACUCAGACACACACACACACACACACACACUCUCUCUAUAUAUAUAUAUAUAUAUAUACACACACACAUAAAUAGUUGCCAAUUUUUUUUUAUUGUUCCGAGUAGAUCUGUCCUAGACACGCUUAUUACAAAUUAUUAAUUAUUAUAUGAAAAAGUCCAUCAUUGAUCAGUUAAAAUGACACUGUUUUGGUGAAAUAAUUAUCAUAACAACAUUUAAGAGUAAUAUUUUUUAAAUUAAUUGCUAUCCUUAUGAAUAAAAAAAAUCAUAAAAACUAAAUACAGUAACACCUAAAUGGACUUUAUUUUAAAAGUGAAUUCGGCCUUAAAAUAAAACAAUAUAAUCUUGUUUCUAAUUAUUGUCAGUAUUUUAAUGUUAGGUGGAAUAGAAGAAAAUUGAUAUUGUGUUUGUAAUAUUCAGUAUUUUCAUUGAUAUUAAACAUUUCUGAUUGUAAACG